AUGUCCAACCCACACUACUCCGAGCUCAUAUUUCCCACCUCGGAGCAGCCGUCCAUCUCCCACCUUCUGGCGUCUCUCAAGCGCAGCACGCUCUCUAUCCACAACCGCCUCACCUCGAUCCGCGCCGAUGCCGAAUUUGUAGCCCGUGUGACUGAAGCAUUCAAGAGCAGGCCUCUUGUAGCCAACGAGCGAUGCGGCAGCUGGUACGUCCCGCCAGAGCGCAAGGACGGGAGUGCGUACUUCAAGAGUACGGAUGGUCAUGAGCGAGCUUGGAAGUUCAGCACCAGGAGGCUGAAUCUCCAUCUCAUUGACAUGAUCGAGAAGAACGACGGAAUUAUCAUCGUCGACUCUACCCGCCGAGGCAAACAGGGUAUCUAUAGCAAACUGACGAACGAUCCAGGCAUGCCGGAUGCCCUCUCCACCACCAUCCCCGUCUGGUGCAACGUCCUCAACCUCGCCCUCCUCCCAUCCAACCCCAACUCCCACCGGCUCUUCCUGCCCCCUUCCCUCCCAGCAACAACCCACGCCCAGAUUUCCGCCCUCAUCCCCCAGUUCCUCUCCUCCCUCCACGACCUCAAGAUCGCCCUCCCCACCAGCCUCACAAAGCCCCUCCGCCCGCUGUGGAUCACCCAGGAAUCCUCCCUCGAGGACCUGGACGGCCAGAUCUUCGACGACUUCAGACCCGUCGUCUGCUGCACCGCCAGCCGGAGGGUGGUCGGCAGCGAGGUGGACGAAGGGGGGUACAUCCAAGGCGCCGCCGACGACACGGAGAACUGGGCACACGGGCUCACCCCACCGGUCUUCUGGCACAACGCAUCCGAGCUCCUCGAAGCCCCCGAGGCCGAGCUGCCAAACCUCAUCGCCAGGCUGGUAGCGCAGCACAAGGCGGACGAGGAGGCCCGGGGCGGCGAGAGUGACCGGAGACACCGCCUCCUACCGCAAAUCUCCGUCUCUCCGCUGCCGCUGAGUUCGCAGGAGCCGGCGGCGGCGGCGGCGGACGAGUGGCACAUCGCCCUCACCUCGGAGACCACCCAGAGGGACGCAUGGGUCAAGUCCCCGCGGAGGAUGGAGGUCGGCGUGGGAAGGAACAAGAACGCCAGCAAGAACCUGCGCCUCGCCCUGCCCGACAUCUGCGAUUUCGCUGCCAAGUGUUUCAGUGCGCCUGGCACCUCGCCGGCCCAGAUCGUUAUCGGCUGCGAAUCCGGGAAAGACAUCUCAGUAGGCACUGCCCUCGCUAUCAAUUGUUAUCUGUUCACAGAUGACAACAAGUUCCGCGUCCCGGAUCAGGAUGUAUCAUUCACUAAGACACUGGUUAAGACACGGCUGGGCCGCAUCAUGACCGCCUUCCCUGCUGCCAACCCCAGCAGGACAACACUCCAAAGCGUCAACAGCUUUCUCAUGGACUGGCGAAAAUGA